AUGUCAAAGAACAAUUCUAUAUAUAUCAUUUUGUGGUUUACAAUACAAUUAUUAAUUGAAGUAAAUUGCCAAACGACUCCUUUUAAUCCAUCGCAACGACAAGGUCACACUGCUACACUUAUUGAUAGUAAAAUAUAUAUCUUAGGUGGUCGAAAUAAUGUGAAUACUGUAAAAAUUGGGACUGAAUUUUUUUAUCUUGAUGUCUCUGUUACAUUUAAUGCGCAAAAUAUAUUAUGGCAUGAUUUAACAAGUAUUAAUAUAGUUCCAAGGCAUAGUUCUGCUGCAUCUGUUAGUGGUGGUGCAAAUAAUAAAACAUUAUUUUUGUAUGGAGGACAUAACGUUAAUAAUGAAGUAACAAUGUCUUUAGCUUAUACAUUUGAUACACAAAGCAAUUCAUGGAGUAUUCCAAAAAUAGCAGGUAACGAUGUUCUUAGAAAAGAUAAUCUAAAAGGCAUCGUUGAUGAUAAUGGGAAAAUGUAUUUAUUCGGUGGAAGCUCCAAUGACACUGAUUAUAAUGAUAUGCUUAUAUUAGAUACAAUAAAUUUGAAAUGGGAAAUAGGAACUACAGUUAAUGCGCCUUCUCCAAGAAGUGUUUAUGGCGCAGUUUACGUCCCAAAACAGUUCAUUGUUUAUUUAGGUGGUUAUUAUGGCACAACUAAUAAUGAUGGCGUAUCUUUAUCAUUGAAAGAGAUCUACUACUAUGACUUGAUUUCUAAUAAUUGGCUUACACGGAUGACUUCUGGAUUGGAUGGGCAACAGGUGAUAAUUUUUGGAGGAGUAAAUAAUCUUAAUAAUCUCAAAUCUCAGGAUACUCUUUAUGUAUUAAAUUUAUUAAAUUUUGAAUGGAGUAUUCCAAAAAUUUCUGGAACAAUUCCGGGUUCCAGAUAUUGGCAUCAAGCUAAUGUUAUUGGAAGAUAUAUGGUUAUAUCAUUUGGGUUUGGUUAUGACAGUAAUGUUGAUAAUGAUAUUUUAUUACUUGAUAUAA